GCUGGGGACAGGGGACAGCAAGCAGCCGCUGGGCCAAAGACAGAAGAAAAUAGCUGCUGACUUCAGAAACUGAAGACCAAGAUUCAAGACCAGCUCUGCUACUUCCAGCUGGGGGACUCGGGCAGGGGAGGGGGUGCACGUCUGGGCCUUCUUAUGAAAUGGGAACAAUGACCACCCUUCUUCCUUCAAGUUGUCACUGAGGACAUGAUGACCCAGUGGUUGUGAAGCAGCUGUAUCCACCAUAAAGGGCACCCACUUCCAGGUUCUCUCAGGGACCUGAGGUGGAGGUGUAGACACAUCUCCACCUUGAAGCCCCCAGGACCCAGGCAGCCACCAUGAACUGGUCGUUUCUUCAGGGUGUCCUGAGUGGCGUGAACAAGUACUCUACGGCCCUGGGCCGCAUCUGGCUGUCGGUGGUGUUCAUCUUCCGCGUGCUGGUGUACGUGGUGGCCGCCGAGGAGGUGUGGGACGACGAGCAGAAGGACUUCAUCUGCAACACCCGGCAGCCGGGCUGCCCCAACGUGUGCUACGACGAGUUCUUCCCUGUGUCCCACGUGCGCCUCUGGGCGCUGCAGCUCAUCCUGGUCACCUGUCCCUCGCUGCUCGUGGUCAUGCACGUGGCCUACCGCGAGGAGAGGGAGCGGAAGCACCAAAGAAAGCACGGGCCCAACGCGCCCUCCCUAUACAACAACCCGAGCAAGAAGCGAGGCGGCCUGUGGUGGACCUACUUGCUGAGUCUCAUCUUCAAGGCCGCCGUGGACUCGGGCUUCCUCUACAUUUUCCAUCGCCUCUACCAGAACUACGACAUGCCACGCGUGGUGGCCUGCUCCGUGGCUCCCUGCCCCCACACCGUGGACUGUUACAUCUCCCGACCCACAGAAAAGAAGGUCUUCACGUACUUCAUGGUGGCCACGGCAGUCAUCUGCAUCCUGCUCAACCUCAGCGAGGUCACCUACCUGGUGGGCAAAAGGUGUAUGGAAGUUUUCAGUCCCCGGCGGCACCGUAGGAAGGCUUCUCGGAGGCACCAUCUACCUGAUACGUGCCCGCCCUAUGUGAUCUCCCACGGAGGUCACCCCCAAGAUGAGAACUCGGUUCUCAAGAAGGCCGGGUUGGCCCCAGUGGAUGCAGGUGUGUAUCCAUAACCUGCAAGAUGGACAGGGUAGGGUCACCACGUGUCCCCCCCCACCCAACGCCUGUUCCCUGAAGCCACCCAGGAGAAGGGGCAAGGGGUGUGGCAUCUUUUACAAGCACAGCAGGUAGGGAGGGUGGCUAUGGGGACUCGGGAAACUCACAGAGGGGCCAGUGGGGUGGACAUGGUUGGUUCCCUGGAUUUUGAGACUUUAGGAACUUGAUGGCUGGUGGAGAUUUUGUACUUGGUAAGAGAAAACCACAAAACUCUUAAUAAAUGUGUUCCCAGUACUUUGAACAUGACUGGUAAGUGGUAGGUGGAGAAGUACAGAUGAUGAGAUGGGCCUGUGGGAGGAAGCCACGCUACACGCCUA